UCAUAUUUCGUCUCCACUCCCAAACCCUCAUAACACCCAACGGAAACAAAACCAGUGAGUGCAUCAAUGGUGACACAAUUCUCCCCUAAAUCCACCGCGUCUGACCACCACGCGCCGCCGUCAGAACCGCUCUUCCCCGACCGAAACUGCUGUUUCUGCCUAUCCUACCGGUGGCGCAAAGUCCGCUCAUCAGAGGACGAUGAAGAACAGCAAUCAACCAGAAGCCUGUGGUCACGGGGAAUCGCCGCCUUGAAGAAGAUUCGCGAGUGGUCGGAGAUCGUCGCCGGUCCGAAAUGGAAGACGUUCAUACGCCGGUUCAAUCAAAACAAGAGUGUUACUAGACAAACUUCAAAGUUUCAGUAUGAUCCUCUUAGUUACGCUCUCAAUUUCGAUCAAGGACCGUUGCAGAACGGAGAUCCGGAGUCGGAGAACGAGUAUAUGAUUCGGAAUUUCUCAUCGCGGUAUGUUAUGCCGCCGUCGGCGGUUGCGGUUACUGGUAAAGUGUCGCCGGAUGUCCGUACGAAUGAAUUUGGGGCGAGUUUUGUGUGAUUUUUAGGGUUAGGGUUUCGAAAAGAGAUCGAAUGCAGCAUUACAGGUUAUAAUUAAAUCUUGUUUUGUGUUUUUUUUUUUUUUUUUUUUUUUGUUUUGAUUAUAUUGGUUUUAAUGCUAAAUAAUGGUUAAAUGUGUAUUGAUAUGUUGAAUACAUGUUAUUUUUUUAUAUAUUUUUGUUACCUGUGUAAAGAUUAUAAUCAAUAUAAUGCACUGUACAGUGGAUGCAGACAUUUUGAACAAGUAUCACAAUCAUCCUUAUGAAA